GUAGGAGUUGACUGUGAAAAAGGUUGGCCCAUUAGAAUAGAUAUGUGAUAGAUAAUAAAUCAACAAAUCCACCGUACAAAGAGAGCUCAAGAUAUGGCGUCCAAUAUCAUAGGUGGCUAUGACCUGAAUUGGUUGGAAGCACCUUCGCAGGAGCUAAAAUGUCUCAUUUGCCUGUCAGUAGCCAGAGACCCUCAACAGCAUGGAGACGAAGGUUGUGGCAAAAUGUUUUGUGAGAGCUGCAUCUCUGAGCAUCAGAAGGAGAGCACAAAUUGUCCACACUGUCGAGAAAACUUAACUCUCUUUACAGACGUUCGAAGUGCCCAGCAAAUAAAGCUCCUAAAAAUAAAUUGUGAUAACCGAGAAAAUGGCUGUGUAUGGACGGGGGAACUGGGAAAUCUGACGACACACCUUCGGUCAUGUGACUACCCCCUUCUGCCGUGUAUUAACGAAUGCAUCAUCAAUAAUGAGAUUGCCACAUUCCUGCCGAAAGAUCUUGAAGACCACCUCACCAACAACUGCCCAAGACGCCAAUACGAGUGUCCACAUUGCCAGGAGACGGGGGAACAUGAGGAGAGGACCACCAUUCAUCUAGAGACCUGUUCAAAGGUUGAGAUACCAUGUUCGAACUUGAGAUGCCGAGACAAAUUUCCUCGCUGUGAGAUCAUUACCCAUCAAUCCAUGUGUGAAUACGAGCCUGUGUCCUGCAAAUAUGCCAAGGUUGGCUGUAAGACCACACCUCUACGCAUAAACCUCUCGAAGCACGAGAAAAACGACAAAGUUCACCUUCGAGUGACUGCUGAAAAAGUUCUAGAGCUUACCAGCUUUGUCUCUAGAUCUAAUACAGUUCCUCGUACAAUCAGACUACCUAACUAUCUGAAACACAAGAGUGACAAAGAUCAGUUUUACAGUCCUCCAUUCUACACUUCUUACAAUGGCUAUAAGAUGUGUGUACGUGUGGAUGCCAAUGGCAACGGUGCUGGUGAGGGCACUCAUGUUUCAGUGUAUGCCUAUCUCAUGAAGGGAGACAAUGAUGACUCCCUGUCCUGGCCGUUCACUGGGAGGGUCACAUUGGAGCUACUCAACCAACUGGAGGACAGGAACCAUCACAAGGUGACAAUCCCAUUCCCAGCAGACAGUAAGUCCAGUCAGAGAGUGGUGGAGCAUGAGAGAGCAUCACUAGGAUACGGCCGGCCAAAGUUCAUCUCCCACGCUGACCUCGACUACAAUGCGUGCGAGAACACUCAGUACCUCAAAGACGACACUCUGGUGUUCAGGGUAUCUGUACAAGUACCCGACUACAAGCCGUGGCUGCAGUGAAAACCCACAAGUUGAAUUGCAAUUGUAACAUACUUAUAGAUUACAUUACUUUAGUAAAUAUAGCUAUAGUUUUGCAAAAUCUAUAGACACCUUACUUCACUAGACCCUCUCAAUAAUUUAAAAAUUGUUGUAUAAUUUCUACGUAGCUUUUUUAUUAAAAUUAAUGUGAACAAUUGGGUCAAAGAGUAGAUCUGUAUACGGACAAUCUACAAUGUAACCACACAUAUAUUGCAUAGAACACGAAGUAGUCUAGACAUGGUAUAGUUAUAUACACAUGUGUGCACACAAGCCCAGAAUAG